GGCAAAAGAAGACCCACCCAAUCAGUGGUACACUAUAAAUCUUCAUGCACACACUGGUACUGUUCUCACAAUAUUGUGUGUGUGUCAAGUUUCUUAUCUUACCUUGCAUUGUUGCCAAGAUAAGUGGCUCUGAGGGAAAACAAUCCUUUUCUAUUAUGGAGGAAUCAAAAAUUUCACUCACAGGGAGCACAUUCACAAGCACCUUGUCCAUUCCGUCUGAGGUUUCAGAUACAAUCAUCCAGCCUACGCUUCCCUUUAUGGGUAGAAUCCCUGGAGGCUUAAAACCAGAUACUGCUGUGUUCUUCCAAGGGGCUGUACCUAACAAUGCCAAACUCUUUGAGAUCAAUUUCCACACAGGGCAGCCUUAUGGUGAUGGUAUCGCUUUUCACUUCAACCCUCGCAUUACACUUAAAUAUGUUUACAUGAACACCCUCAGAAAUGGAACCUGGGAAAAGGAUGAAACUGUUUAUGACAAACCCAUCCCCAAAGGGACAUCCUUCAGUCUGAUGAUUCUCGUCAAGUCAGAGGGAUAUGAGGUUUAUGUGAAUGGUCUGUGGUACUGGCUGUUCAAGCAUCGCAUGCCUCUAGAGCAAGUUUCAACACUUGGUAUUCGUGGAGAUGUUUUCAUUUCAGUCUGUGGCUUUAUUAAUAACUGGAGCAAGUCCUCUUUAUGUGCGGAACAAUCAAAGAUCAACGGCUUGGGGAACUCGUUCUUGAAAAUGUUACCCAUCCCAGCAGAGCUUUUAAAUCCGGUCAUCCAGCCUGGAAUACCGUAUACUGGUCCAAUAUCUGGAGGGAUAAAACCAGGAAUGGCUCUGUUCAUCCAAGGGACUGUUAAUCCAGCUGCAAACCAGUUCGGAAUAGAUUUCAAAGCUGGACCGACCAAUACCGACGACAUCCCGUUUACUUUAAAUCCUCGUAUCGGUCAAUACGUCUACAUGAAUACUUUCAGCAAUGGCCUCUGGCAAAAAGAGCAACUAGUCACUGAUAAGCCCUUCACCAGAGGAGGAACCUUCAGUAUACUGAUUGUUUUCAAUUCAGUUUGUUUUGAGGUCUAUGUGAAUGGGAUGAAACACUGCACAUACAUGUACCGCAUGUAUUUGGGUAAAAUUUCUACUCUCUACAUUUGGGGAGAUGCUUGUAUCCACUACUUUGGCUUUACUUAUAACUGGAGCAGAUCACCUUUCUUCAAGGACCAAUUGAAAAUCACAGAUAAAGGUACCUCAGUCGCAAGUCCAUUACUCAUCCCACCUGAAAUUACAAAUGCAGUCAUCCAGCCUAAAAUUCCCCAUACUGGACCAAUAUCUGGACAGUUAAGACCAGGAAUGGCUCUGUAUGUCCGUGGAGCUGUUCUUACAGACGACAGCCAGUUGGCAAUCGGUUUUCAAAACGGACAAAGUGAUAACACGGACAUCGCUUUUCUAUUCAACCCGCAGUUUGAUCAGUACCUAUACCUGAACAGCUACAAAAAUAACGUCUGGGAGAAAGAGGAGUUGGUCUAUGAUAGACCCUUCGUCAGAGGGGAAAAUUUCAUUGUUGUGAUUGUGAUCAGUAAUGAGGGAUAUGAGGUUUAUGUGAACGGAACGAGGCACUGCUUGUUCAGGCACCGGGUUCCUGUACAGAGCGUUAAUGCACUGGGCAUAUGGGGAGGUGUUUCUGUCCAUUUCUAUGGUUUCGUUGAGAACUGGAGUGCAUCAUCAUCAUCAUCAUCAUCAUCCUUGGGCAUGUUGGUCAUCCCUACUGAAAUUUCUAAUCCAGUUAUCCAGCCUCAAAUUCCCUACAUCGGACCAGUAAGUGGAGGGAUAAAACCAGGAAUGGCUUUGUAUGUCGAAGGAACCGUUCCUGCAAAUGGCAAUCAGUUUUCAAUAAAUAUUCUUGCAGGGCAGAGUAAAACCGAUGACGUUCUUCUUACAUUUAACCCUCGGAUCGGUCAGUACCUAUACCUAAACAGCUUCAGGAAUGGUGUCUGGGAAAAGGAGCAAUUGGCUCCUCAUGAACCCUUCGCAAGGGGGACGGCUUUCAACCUACUGAUUUCCGUCAGUUCCCAAAGCUAUGAGAUGUACGUGAACGGAUCGAAACACUGCACGUUCGCACACCGUAUCCCUUUUGAAAGAAUAACCGCACUUCACAUUUGGGGAGAUGUCAACAUCAGCUUCUUCGGUUUUAUCGACAAUUGGAGAAGAUCCUACACUUUUAGGGACCAACCAAAACACACAGACGUAGGAAGCUCCUUUACGAGUCUGUUACCCGCCACAUCAGACAUUUUACAGACAGUCAUCCAGCCUACACUUCCUUAUGUGACUACAGUCAAAGGAGGAAUGAAACCAGACAUGGCCGUGUUAAUCCAAGGUGUUCUUCCUGCACAUGCCCAAAGCUUUAAAAUUCAUUUUAAAACCGGGGACUAUAUUGAUGAUUUCGAUAACGACAUCGCGUUUGAAUUCAAGCCCCGUAUUGGGAAAGAUGUGUGCAUGAACAGCUACAUACAUGAGAGCUGGGGGAGGGAGGAAUGCAUCUCUGACAAGCCUUUCAUUAAGGGAGCAGCUUUCCAAUUACUUAUCAUCAUCAAAACUGAGGGCUACGAGGUCUUCAUUAAUGGCAUAAGGCACUACAUGUACAAGCAUCGCUUUCCUCUAGACAGAUUUUCAGCAUUUGGCAUUGCUGGGGAUGUUUCCAUCCUUGUCUUUGGUUUUAUAGACAACUGGAAGACACUGAAUUUGAGCCAGUCAAACACCACAGUCAUGGGGAGUUUAGUUUCAAGACCAUUAUCUCUCCCAUUAGCGGUGUCAAGACCAUUCAUCCAGCCGAAACUUCCCUAUUCAAGUCAAAUCACAGGAGGAAUAAGACAAAAUAUGGCUGUGUUCUUCCAAGGGACCGUUCCUAUAAACAGCAAAGGCUUUGAAAUCAGUUUUAAAACAGGGGAGUCUGACGACAUCGCUUUUCACUUCAACCCUCGCAUCGGUCAAUACGUCUACCUGAACACCUUCAGAAACGGUAGCUGGGAGAAGGAGGAAUGUGUCUCUGAUAAACCCUUCGCCAAGGGAGCAGGCUUCUAUCUGUUUAUCGUCAUCAAUUCAGACAACUAUGAGGUGUUUGUGAACGGCUUGCGGCAUUGUACGUUCAAGCACCGCAUUCCUCCGGCGAAGGUUAACACGCUUGGCAUUCGUGGUGAAGUUUCCAAAGUCACCUAUGGUUUUAUUGAUAACUGGAGCAGUUCAUAUCUAUGUUUGGAUCAGUCAAGAAUCACAGGAAUGGGGGACACGUUCUCAAGCCUGUUAGCAAGCCCUUCAGAUCUGUCACAUCUAGUCAUUCAGCCUACACCACCCUAUUUCGCCAAAAUACCUGGAGCAUUACGAACAGACAUGGCAGUAUACUUCCAAGGGGUCGUUCCUGCACAUGCCGUAAUCUUUGAGAUCAACUUUCAAACAGGUUGGUCUCCAGAGAGUGACGUGGCUUUUCACUUUAACCCUCGCUUUGGCCAAUACGUAUACUUGAACAGUUGCAGAAAUGGCAAUUGGGAGAACAAUGAAUCUGCCUCUGUCGAACCCUUUGCAAAGCAAACAACCUUUAAUAUGUUUGUUGUCAUCAAGUCAGAAGGCUACGAGGUCUACGUGAAUGGAUCGUUCCACUGUUUGUUCAAGCACCGCUUACCUUUAGAGAACGUUUGUACUCUUAGUAUAUAUGGAGAUGUUUCAAUCCCCAUCUAUGGAUUUAUUGAUAACUGGAGCAAAUCCUCUUUCAUUACGGACCAAUCUAAAAUCACGAGCAAGGGGAGUCAGAGUCUGUUACCGCUACCAGUAGAGGUUACCCAGCCAAUAAUCCAGCCUACACUUCCCUAUGUGGGUUUGAUCACAGGAGGCUUAAAACCAGACAUGGCUGUGUUCUUCCAAGGGACUAUUCCUGAACAUGCUCAAAGCUUUGAAAUCAACUUCAAAACCGGACCGUCUCAUGGUGACGACAUCGCAUUUCAUUUCAAUCCUCGCAUUAAUUCAUUUGUCUACCUGACAAGCUUCAGAAAUGGUAGCUGGGAUAAAAGGGAAAUUACACCUGAGAUACCCUUUUCUAGGGGAACAGCUUUAAAUAUGUUUAUUGUCAUCAACUCAGAGGGCUAUGGGAUCUAUGUGAACGGCUCAAUGUAUUGCAACUUCAAGCACCGCAUUCCUCUAGAGAAAGUUUCAAUACUCUCCUUUUGUGGAGAUGUCUCCAUUCCCAUCUGUGGUCUUACUGGCAACUGGAAGAUGUCUUCAUUUUGCUCAGGUUCAGGGACUGCUAGCUCUACACCUGUCCCUAAAGAUGUUUCAUAUCUGAUCAGCAACCCUACACUUCCCUAUAUAAGUAACUUCCUUGGAAGGAUAAAACAAGACAUGAUUAUACUUUUCCAAGGGACUGUUCCUGCAGAUGCCCAAAGCUUUGAAAUAAAUCUCAAAACGGGACUGUCUGAUAAAGAUGACAUCGCUUUUCAUUUCAACCCUCGCAUCGGUCAGUACGUCUACCUGAACAGCUUCCGUAACGGUGCCUGGGAGACGGAGGAAACCGCAUCUGACAAACCCUUCAGCAAGGGAGCAGCCUUCCAAAUUCUUCUAGUCCUGAAAUCUGAGGGCUAUGAUGUCUACGUCAACGGCAUAAGACACAGUGUGCUCAAGCAUCGUGUUCCUCUAGAGAGAGUUUCAACACUUGCCAUUGCUGGAGAUGUUUCUCUUGCAGUCUGUGGGUUUAUUGACAACUGGAAGACCUCAUCCUUUUCCUCAGUUAUAUCAACUUCAAGCCUUACUCCCGUCCCUAAAGAGGUUUCAUUUCCAAUCAGCAACCCUACACUUCCUUAUGUGGGAAAACUCCCAGGAGGGUUAAAACAAGAAUCAGCUUUAUUUUUCCAAGGGACUGUUCCAGCAGAUGCCAAAAGCUUUGAAAUCAAUUUCAAGACGGGUCCGUCUGAUAGCGAUGACGUCGCUUUCCAAUUCAGUCCUCGCUUUGGUCAAUCCCUCUACCUGAACUGCUUUAGAAAUGGAAAGUGGGAGAAGGAGGAAACCUCACCUGAACCACCCUUCACCAAGGGAGCAGCCUUCCAAAUGUUUGUAGUCUUCAAAUCUGAGGGCUAUGAGGUCUAUGUGAAUGGCGUGAAAUGUUGCCUGUUCAAGCACCGCAUUCCUCUAGAGAAAGUUUCAAUACUUGCCUUUAGGGGCAAUGUUUCCCUGUCCAGCUGUAAUCUUAUCGAUAACUGGAAGACCUAUUCCUCCUCAAGUGUGGUGAGCUCAAGCACUACAACCAUCUCUGUAGAUGCUGUGGCUCCUGUCAAAAACCCUACACUUCCCUAUGUGGGUAAUUUCCCAGGAAAGGUAAAACAAGACAUGGCUGUACUUUUCGAAGGGACUGUUAAAACCGACGGCAAAAGAUUUGAAAUAAAUUUCCAAACAGGCCAAAGUACCAAAGAUGACAUUGCAUUUCACUUUAACCCUCGGAUUGACCGCUAUACCGCCUUGAACAGCUGCAAAAAUGGUAGCUGGGGGAAGGAGGAAUCUGCACCUGACAAACCCUUCGCUAAGGGAGCAGCCUUCCAAAUUAUCAUUGCCAUCAAAUCAGACGUAUAUGAGGUUUACGUGAACGGCAUGAGCCACUGCACAUUUAAACAUCGCGUGCCUUUUGAGAAAGUUUCUACCAUUGCCAUAGGUGGGGAAGUUACCAUGCAGCUCAUUUGUUUUAUUGAAAACUGGAAGAGCCCAUCUAUGCGUAAAUAAUCAUCGAGAAGACUAACACCUACAGUAUGUACGGGGAGGAAGUUGCAGAAACGGAGUUCGAUGGAUCAGAAUAAAACAACAUUUUAAUUUC